AUGUCAGAACUAGCAGCCAAAGCUGUUCUGGUCGCUAAAGAUGCCGACGAAAAGCGUCCGAUUCCAUACCGGAAUCUGGCGGUUGGAGCAUUGAUGAACAUACUCCAAGCAACAUUAUGUGGUGUCCUGGGUGGUGUCGGUGGUGGUAUUGCUCAGUCUUAUCUCACAAUGGGAAUGACAACAUGCAUGAAAACAGUCGCGGUAACACGUACCAAGAUCGGUGCUCAAGGUGCGAAAGUUCCAGGAACAAGGGAAACCUUCUUCCAGAUUCUGCGCGAAAAGGGGAUUCGAGGUGUGAACAAAGGCGUCAACGCUGUUGCAUUGCGACAAGUCAGCGGUUGGUCAUCUAGAAUUGGCAUCUCUCGCUUUGCGGAGCAAAGUAUCCGAUCUAUCAAUGGAAAACCCACGAAUGAGAAAAUCAACUUUGGCGAAAAAAUCCUUGCCUCCACAGUUGGUGGUGCUCUCAGUUGCUGGAAUCAGCCAUUCGAGGUACUCCGAGUGGAGAUGCAAUCAAUGAAGAAUGAUCCCACUAGGCUAGCGUCACCAAAUAUUGUGUCAACAUUCAAACACAUAAUUGCAACCUCGGGCUUGAAGAGCUUGUUCCGCGGUGUGGUCCCGCGCAUUGGAGUUGCUGCGUGGGCCACAAUUUGUAUGGUUGGAUUUGGCGACACGGUCAAAGAGAUGGUGAGCCGAAAAUGA